GUUCCUUCUAGACCCUUCUCUCUCCCUCCCUCUCUCUACAAAACCCCCAUUUCUGUUCAGUCAUCCCAAAAACCCCUCUCUCUCUCUCUCUCUCUUUCUCUAUAUUUUCUAUAGCGUUCUUUCCCUGCAACUCUCGUAACAUGUAUCGAUUCGCCGCCAAUCUUGCUUCCAAAGCACGGGUCGCUAGGAACAGUACUAAGCAGAUUAGUACUAGGUUGGCUUGGAGUAGAAAUUAUGCAGCAAAAGACAUUAAAUUCGGGGUCGAAGCGCGGGCUUUGAUGCUCAGGGGUGUCGAAGAGCUCGCUGAUGCUGUUAAAGUAACAAUGGGGCCAAAAGGACGCAAUGUUGUUUUAGAACAAAGCUAUGGUGCCCCGAAAGUGACAAAAGAUGGGGUCACUGUGGCAAAGAGCAUUGAGUUCAGCAACAGAGUCAAGAAUGUCGGUGCUAGCCUUGUAAAGCAGGUUGCAAAUGCUACAAAUGAUGUUGCAGGCGAUGGUACCACUUGUGCAACAGUUCUCACCCGCGCAAUAUAUUCUGAAGGGUGCAAGUCAGUGGCUGCUGGAAUGAAUGCCAUGGACCUGAGACGAGGGAUCACGAUGGCAGUUGAUGCUGUGGUCACAGACUUGAAGAGUAGAGCACGGAUGAUUAGUACGUCUGAAGAAAUAGCACAGGUUGGCACAAUAUCAGCAAAUGGAGAUAGAGAGAUUGGUGAGCUGAUAGCCAAGGCUAUGGAGAGAGUUGGCAAAGAGGGUGUUAUUACCAUUGCUGACGGAAACACACUGGAGAAUGAAUUGGAAGUGGUUGAAGGAAUGGAGCUGGACAAAGGCUAUAUAUCCCCUUAUUUCAUCACUAAUCCAAAGACUCAAAAAUGUGAACUAGAAGAUCCACUAAUUUUAAUCCAUGAGAAAAAAAUCUCAAGCGUAAAUGCAGUGGUGAAAAUAUUAGAGUUGGCCUUGAAGAAGCAAAGACCCUUACUGAUUGUUGCUGAAGAUGUGGAAAGUGAAGCAUUGGCGACCCUCAUUCUGAACAAGCUUCGUGCUGGAAUCAAGGUCUGUGCCAUUAAAGCACCAGGAUAUGGAGAAAAUAGGAAGGCCAAUCUGCAGGACCUUGCCAUCCUCACAGGGGGAGAGGUCAUAACUGAUGAGCUUGGCUUGAACCUUGAUAAGGUGGGAGUAGAAAUGCUAGGGUCAUGCAAAAAGGUUACUGUAUCAAAAGAUGAUACUGUAAUUCUUGAUGGGGCUGGUAGCAAGAAAGACAUUGAAGAAAGAAUUGACCAGAUAAGAUCCUUAAUUGAAUUAAGCACUUCUGAUUAUGACAAGGAGAAACUGCGAGAGAGACUAGCGAAGAUCUCUGGUGGUGUUGCUGUCUUGAAGAUUGGAGGAGCCAGCGAAACUGAGGUGAGUGAGAAAAAAGACAGGGUUACUGAUGCUUUAAAUGCUACAAAGGCAGCUGUGGAGGAAGGAAUUGUGCCUGGUGGUGGUGUUGCUCUUCUUUAUGCCUCAAAGGGGUUGACAAUUCUCCAAACUGCGAACUUCGACCAAAAGAUCGGUGUUCAGAUUAUUCAGAAUGCUCUAAAGGCACCGGUGCACACGAUUGCUUCUAAUGCUGGAGUUGAGGGGGCAGUAGUAGUUGGCAAGUUGUUGGAGCAGGAUGACCCUGACCUCGGAUAUGAUGCGGCUAAAGGUGAAUAUGUGGACAUGGUGAAGUCAGGAAUCAUUGAUCCAUUGAAGGUCAUUAGAACAGCUUUGGUAGAUGCUGCCAGUGUUUCCUCUCUGUUGACCACAACUGAGGCUGUUGUCGUUGAACUUCCCAAGGUUGAGAAGGAAGCUCCACCAAUGGGUGGAGGCAUGGAUUAUUGAGGAACUUGUGACAGCCUCAACUCAUCUCAUCUCCUUAAAUUACUCAGUUUUUAAAACCACAAAAGGUUGUUUGUUCAACCACUAGUAUGAUUCUCUGUUUCUCCUAGUUUUUGGAAAAAAAUAAUUUAACCUCUUUUUGUAGUUUUCGGAAAACAGAAUAUUAUAGUGAUUAGUGAGAGCUCAUAGUUCUAGAUUUUUUUUUUUU